AAAUUAAAUCUUUAAACACCAUAUAUACUAAUUUAUCCCCAAACAGAAAAUCAAAUUUUCAUAUGAACAGAUUAAAUUCUUAAAGCACUAAGAAACAAAAACUAAUCUUUUUUGUUUUUGGUUUCUCUCUUCAAUCCUCCAUCAAAGGGAUCAUGAGAUUCAAGAAAGGGACCAAAGUAGAAGUCUUGAGCAGAAAAGAGGUACCAUCGGGCUCCUGGCAUUGUGCUGAAAUAAUCAGUGGCAAUGGCCACAACUACAAGGUUAGAUAUGAAGGUUAUUCCAAUGCGACUAACAAGACAAUCAUGGAUAGGGUAUCUAGGAAAGCUAUUAGACCUUGUCCUCCUGCACCAGCAGUUUCAUAUAAUUGGGUUCCUGGUGAUAUUGUUGAGGUUUUUGACAACUUUUCUUGGAAGAUGGCAACCGUUUUAGCGAUUUUGGAGAAAAAGUACAUUUUGGUUAGGUUGCUUGGAUCAUCUCUGGAGUUUAAGGUCAGUAAAUUAGACGUCCGUGUGAGACAAUCAUGGCAAGACAAUGAAUGGGUUGUGAUUGGAAAGGGUUCUGGCAGUUGUGAGGAUGUGAAACACGGUGAAAAUUCCACCCUUGGAUACAACCAAAAGUCUAGCUCCCAAUUUCAAAUACCAUUAGAAGGACAAAUAGGCAUGUGAAGGAUGAAUGUGGUCCUGUUAACACAAAGGUUAAUUACCAAGAUUCUGUUAUUGCUUCCUCAAAAACUCUAAAAAGAGGAUGCUACUCUCAGGUUGAAGCUCAUGCUGCUGGUAGACAGAAGCUUAGAGCAGUUGAGAGAAAUAAAAGAUUGUAUCGACUGGUUGUUGCAAAUCCAUCCGUUCUUGAACAGGGCAGAAGGAGGCUUAGACACCUUCCUUCCAAAUACCUGAACUCUGAAGAUGAUUUCUGGGUUUUACACCGUUCUCUUGCUUUUCAACAAUGGGACAGUUUUUGUUGGGGAAGUUAUUUCGAGGCACUAAUUUCAUUAGCAUGUGGCUUGUCGGAAU